CCUGCCUUCCCACACCUUCCCUCGACUCAAUUCGUAUUCUCUUCACUCGAAACUUCUCAAAAUGUCUGCCGUCGCCAGAUCCGUCCGUCCCUUCGCCUCUCGCGUGCUUUCCCAGAAGCUCCCUCUGGCCGCCGCAUGCAGGGUUUCGCCCGCAGCUCGUUUCCCGCGGGGAAGUGUUAGGAGCUUCUCCCAAAGCCCAUUCAUGGCCGUGAAGAAGUACACCGAGUCGCACGAAUGGAUCGAGCUGGCCGAUGACGGCAAGACUGCCAAGGUCGGAAUCACAGAGUAUGCCGCCCAUUCCUUGGGCGACGUUGUGUUCGUUGAGCUUCCUGAGAUCGGCUUGGAGGUCAACGCCGGUGAACCUGUUGGAGCUGUGGAGUCUGUCAAGUCGGCUUCCGACGUCAACUCUCCUGCCGCCGGUACGGUGACCCAGGUUAACAGUGUCCUGGAGGACAAGGCCAAGUUCAUCAACGAGAGCCCCGAGGGUGAGGCUUGGAUUGCUGAGAUCUCGGUCAAUGACGUCGCAGAGCUUGACGGCCUGCUUGAUGCCGAGGCCUACAAGGCGACCGUUGGUGAGGCGUAAGGGGACAUGUCGGGCAAAGAGAAUGUAUAGACGUGAUGGUAUGUCAAAAUGAAGCGCUCGGUGAUCAUGGCUUUUUAUUUUAUUUUAUUUUUUUUUUGUGGGGUUGUUCUGUUUUACCAACGGGGAACCGUAUUAUUGCCUCUUUGAUGAAAUGUUAGAUUCGUGUAUAAGCCGUCGACGGCUGGGCCUGUUAUUCAACAAGAUUGGCCCGUUGGAAAUAAUAUACAUGUUGCCUAAGU